GAUGUUACCUUCAAUUAUAGCAUAAGAUAUAGGUUCGCUUCUAUUAUGGUCUGGCCACCGUCGCACCACCCCACGACCCCUCCUCUCCUCUCCCUUGCUCCACCGUCCUUCCCUCACCAAGCCACACCCUCCCUUUCCCUCUUCCUCUUUUCUCCUUCACUUUUCAUCUCCUCCUCACCGCCCCCGCGCCGACGACAAUCAGAAAUGCUCCACUGUUGCCCGCACCAUACCAUGCGACCCUCCGAGCUCCAGUCAUCCCACCAUCGAUUCAUCAUAAAAAACACUCGCAGCAAGUCCAAGGUCGUCGUCCCCGCUUCAAAAAAGUGGAAGUCACCUAGCACGACCUUUUCCUCGAGCGCCUCCGCCAAGACCCGCCACCCUUUUCUUCGAUUUUUUGUGGUCCCCCAGGAGGACUUAUUCCAACUCCUUCGAGUGCGACCACUCAGUUUGGGCCGAUGUAUUGAUUGGGCCAUUGUGGAGUAGGUCCACCUCACUGAUCCUGUUCAAGCUUUUCUUACGAUAGCCCCAUAAGACCGGUUCUUCUCCAUCAUCGAGUCCACAUACAUGGAGUUGACUUUGGAGUUUUGCUCAACAUUUCAUCUCCAGCAUGCGAUGACAUCUCAUGACGAGCCAGGUACCAUCACUUUUAGACUCGGCGACCUAGUACGCCAUAUGAGUGUACCUAGUCGGCCAAAUGUCCCUAC